CAGGAGGAGUUGUAGUCACACCUCCCACCCUUCGAUGACCAUGCGUUUAAUUGAAACCCCACCACGCUCCCUAACUCGGUCGUCUUUGACGUUUCAUCUUCCGAGCAAUCACCGCAAGAAUGAUCAAACCAUCGCGUAGUUCCCCGAUCAGUUAGUUGUCUCCCCUAAGAGCUGAAGGGGAAGGCCGAUCCCUCCCAUGCCCCUGCGAGGCCAUGUCUCGGCUCCUCUGCACCCUCUUACUCUUGUUCCUCCGAGCUUCCUACAUCGAGAUGACUUGGGCCGACGAAGCCGACGACUUCAUAAAAGAUUGCACGAAUGCAACGUGUGGAGGUCUACCGAUCAGAUACCCCUUCCGGCUGCAAACCAGUCCUUCGUACUGCGGUGCUCCAGGCUUAGAGGUCUCAUGUUCCGGCGGUGACGCCGUCCUCGCACUCCCGCAGAUAGGACCCUGCAAAGUGAUCGAUAUCGAGUACCCAUACGGCAUGGUUCGAAUCAAGCUGGGGGAGUCAUGGGCUCGGUGCCCCCUGCGGACCCUCAACUCCACCAACCUCACCACCACCAUCUACCAGCCUGUAUAUGGCCGUGGCCUUCUUUUGCUGAGCUGCUCGAAAGAGAUAACACGAGUUCCGGAAUGGAUUGCUGGGCCGAUCUCGUGCCUGGGCAGUGAAGGCCGCUUCGGUUAUGCAGCCGUAGCGUACGAGUCCAUGGACGAGAUGCCUGCCGGCUGCAACGUGGACUCGCCUGUUCUCGAGAUCUCUUACUAUGAAAAUAGGAACUACUCCUCAUUUAAUGGGACGGUGGAGUAC